AGGAUCAAUCAGAAAAUAUAUCGAACAUCAAAAUGUGAUAUAAAAGAAGAGGGGAGUACAAAAGUAAAGACAAUAGUGAAAAUCAAUAAUAAAAUGCAAAUGUAUACAUGUAAACGUAUAAAAAGAAGCAAAAAGCAGGUACACAGCCAUUGUUUACGAAAAUGAACAGCCAAUCACACCCCUAUUGAGUACUGUUACAUAUAUGUAUAUGAAUACAGCUCAACUGUUGGUGUUCUGUUUUUACAUAUUAAUUGGAUAAACUUGUUAGUAAAACAAAAAAUUGUUGUAUAUUAUAUUCAUAUAAGCUGCUUAUAGUAAUGUGAAUAAAAAUGUUAGAUGAAAAUGUCCGACUUAUCCACAGUCUUAUAGCACACCAGAGAAUGGGUGCAACAAAAGAAGCAGCAGAAUUAGAACGUGUUUUGCACCGUAAUCUUAUCUAUCUGGCAACAAUAGCUGAUCGUACAACAGUCCAACCUGCGGGCACUCCUCACCCACCUCCUACUGGGUUACCUCAGCCCAAUCAUCAAAUUCAAGGCUCCGCUCCCAAUUACGCCACACAGCAUGUGGUCAAUGCAACACCGGAAAUUUCUCAGCAAUCUGUAGCACAACCGCAUCAGAUUACAGUUAACUCUUCAAUGCACCAUCCCGUACCUGUGGUAGUUGGAUCUACUACAAUAUCUACUGUUGGAAAUCCUAUCAUGUAUCAACAGUACUUAGUUUCAUCGCAUAUUUCAAAUAGUCCACAAGUCAAUAAUUCACAAGUGCAUAUACCAGUGAUAUCUGGCCAACUUCAGCAUCAUGAACGGAUGCUUCAACCGCUCAAUGGAAAAGUUGUGCAUAGUGAACAUAUUAGUAAUGCUUAGACUGUUUUUAUCAAAUUAACACUGUUAUGAUUGUGUAUAUUCCUUUUAAAAAAAUAUCAGACAGUAUUUUAUUUUAUAAAAUAAUGUCCGUAUGGUUUAACCUUUAUUAUAUAUUGCGAUCAG